AUGGACGUCAGCAACCAGUUAGUAUAUAUCAGCAACCAGUUAGUAUACGUCAGCAACCAGUUAGUAUACGUCAGCAACCAGUUAGUAUACGUCAGCAACCAGUUAGUAUACGUCAGCAACCUGUUAGUAUACGUCAGCAACCAGUUAGUAUACGUCAGCAACCAGUUAGUAUACGUCAGCAACCUGUUAGUAUGCGUCAGCAUCAAGUUAGUAUACAUCAGCAACCUGUUAGUAUACGUCAGCAACCUGUUAGUAUGCGUCAGCAUCAAGUUAGUAUACAUCAGCAACCUGUUAGUAUACGUCAGCAACCUGUUAGUAUACGUCAGCAACCUGUUAGUAUACGUCAGCAACCAGUUAGUAUACGUCAGCAACCAGUUAGUAUACGUCAGCAACCAGUUAGUAUCCGUCAGCAACAUAUACGUCAGCAACCUGUUAGUAUGCGUCAGCAUCAAGUUAGUAUACAUCAGCAACCUGUUAGUAUACGUCAGCAACCUGUUAGUAUACGUCAGCAACCUGUUAGUAUACGUCAGCAACCAGUUAAUAUACGUCAGCAACCUGUUCGUAUACGUCAGCAACCUGUUAGUAUACGUCAACAACCAGUUAGUAUACGUCAACAACCAGUUAGUAUACGUCAACAACCAGUUAGUAUACGUCAACAACCAGUUAGUAUACGUCAGCAACCAGUUAGUAUACGUCAGCAACCAGUUAGUAUACGUCAACAACCAGUUGGUAUACGUCAGCAACCAGUUAGUAUACGUCAACAACCUGUUGGUAUACGUCAGCAACCAGUUGGUAUAUGUCAGCAACCGUUAUAUACGUCAGCAACCAGUUAGUAUACGUCAGCAACCUGUUAGUAUCCGUCAGCAACCAGUUAGUAUACGUCACAACCUGUUAGUAUACGUCAGCAACCUGUUAGUAUACGUCAACAACCAGUUAGUAUACGUCAGCAACCAGUUAGUAUACGUCAACAACCUGUUAGUAUACGUCAGCAACCUGUUAGUAUACGUCAACAACCAGUUAGUAAACGUCAGCAACCAGUUAGUAUACGUCAGCAACCAGUUAGUAUACGUCAACAACCAGUUAGUAUACGUCAGCAACCAGUUAGUAUACGUCAGCAACCAGUUAGUAUACGUCAACAACCAGUUAGUAUACGUCAGCAACCAGUUAGUAUACGUCAACAACCUGUUGGUAUACGUCAGCAACCAGUUGGUAUAUGUCAGCAACAAGUCUGGUUCACCUCCUCCCUCCUUCCCUCCCUCCCACUAG